AAAUAUUAAGGCUGCCUUAUUUUAACCUGAUUCGAUAUCUUGUCAUCGAUCUGAUGCAUUACCUUUUUCUUGGUAUUGCCUAUUGGAUAGUAAAAAGGUUAUGGUCUACCAAAAUCGAUCUUGUAUUAUUAGAAGAACAGGCAAAAAUUAUCAACCUACCUGCUGAUUUGGGUCAGAUUCCAAAUAAAAUUUCAAUUAGAGAAGGGUUUUCUAGCUUUAUUGCCGAUCAAUGA